AUUGCAUUUGCACGUAAAGAUGCUUUCAUACACUUCAUUCCCGGAAAGGAUUAUGUUGCCCCUCCUUCCCUUUCAAUUCAAGAGAGUAAGUAACCAGUUUUAUUUGCUGUCUCAUAUUAAAAUAUUUAUGGCACAACUUAAGCCUGGAUAGGAAUCGAAAUAAUUCGAAUAUCUUUUUUGUUUCAUUUUAAAUUUAUAGAUUGGUUGCUCUGAAUGAUACAUAAAUUAAUGGUGUUGGCAUUACAAAAAGAGUUGUGCAUAGUGACACGCACCAUUUUGAGUAGACGAGAGUUUGUCACGACUGUAGGUUGAAGAGGAUGACAGGAACUUGAGCAAAAAAUGAUGUAUAAGAAUAAUGUGUAUUGUUGUUGAUUUCGUAGAUAUGUUAUCAGUUGGGAAGACGGAUCCACAGUGGGCCGAGCAAAAUGAAGUUAAGAGGGUGACUUUAAAAGGAGACUAGACAAUGCUUACAGAAAGUAAUCAAUAGCAGAUGUUGUUCUUUUGACGAGUCCUAAAUGAUACCAAAUCAGUGACUCUGUAUCAUAAUUGAACCUAUAUAAUAAGCUCACACUCAACUCAUUCAAAUCAAAUAGUGAUCCGAUAUAGAGCGGAUCAGUUUGAAUCCGCCUGGUUCAGAUAUUUGUAGAUAUUUCCAAUGAAACUGUAAUGUUUCACACCGUUUUCAGCUGUAACUUCCUGGUUACAAGCGAGUGACUCGGAUACUCAACCGGACAGAAGCCGAAUCGAGAAAUUGUGUAAGAAAGACAAGUUAAUGCUCGUCUUCGCAACUUGCUGUCAACCAUGGAACUCUCCUCCACUUCCAACCUUACUACUUCUUCGAAAAUGCAGAACCUUAAACGAUGUGAAUCAAAUCCACGCGCGACUGAUAACAACUGGGUUAAUAAAAAACACAUCACUCACAGCCAAAAUCGUGGCCAUUUCCUCUUCUUCAUCGUGCGCACCUCUCGUUGAAUUCGCUCGUUAUUUAUUCUUUACACGUCAGGUUUUUCGAAUUUAUAAGAAGCACGAGGACCCUUUCCUUUGGAAUGCCAUAAUCAAGUCGUAUUCUCACGGGUUUAAUCCAAGACGAGCCUUGGUUGUGUUCUGUUUAAUGCUUGAAACUGGAGUUUGUUUUGAUAAUUUCUCAUUGUCUUUGGUUUUGAAAGCGUGCUCUCGGGUGGGUUUAGUUAAGGAAGGUAUGCAGAUUCAUGGUUUAUUGAGGAAAAUAAAAUCUGGGUCAGAUCUAUAUUUGCAAAAUUGUUUGAUUUCAUUGUAUUUGAAAUGUGGAUAUCUUGAAUCUGCUCGUCAAGUUUUUGAUAAAACGCGUUUUAGAGACUCGGUUUCAUAUAAUUCAAUGAUUGAUGGGUAUGUGAAGUAUGGUAAACUUGACUCAGCUCAUGAAUUAUUUGACUCUAUGCCUAUGAAAGAGAAGAAUUUGAUAUCUUGGAACUCAAUGAUUAGCGGUUAUGCGCAGUCGAAAGGUGGACUCAACAUUGCCCGUGCACUGUUUGAGAAAAUGCCUGAAAGAGACUUGAUUUCUUGGAACUGUAUGAUUGACGGGUGUGUAAAGUCUGGAAAAAUGGAUGAUGCCCAGGCUUUGUUUGAUGAGAUGCCAAAUAAAGAUGUGGUUACUUGGGCUAAUAUGAUUGACGGUUAUGCGAAAAUAGGCAGGGUUGAUAUUUCUAGGGCUCUGUUUGAUGAAAUGCCUGAGAGAGAUGUAGUUGUGUGCAAUGCCAUGAUGACUGGUUAUCUUAAAAAUGGGUGUUGCAUGGAAGCUUUAGAAGUCUUUCAUGAUAUGCAAUGCGUGGGUCAUUUGUGUCCUGAUGAUGCCUCGAUAUUGAUCAUUCUGUCAGCCAUUGCGCAAUUAGGACAUAUUAACAAAGGGAUAGCUGUACAUAGGUAUCUUGAACAAAAUGAAUAUAAUUUAAAUGGGAAACAUGGUGUUGCUCUCAUAGACAUGUAUUCUAAAUGUGGCAGUAUUGAAUGUGCUAUUUCUGUUUUUGAGGAUAUAGAGAAAAAAAGUGUUGAUCAUUGGAAUGCUAUGAUCAAUGGAUUUGCCAUUCAUGGAUUAGGUGAAUUGGCUUUUGAUUUGCUGAUGGAGAUGGAGAGAUUCCUCAUAGAACCAGAUGAUAUUACAUUCGUUGGAGUGUUGAAUGCUUGUGGCCAUGCCGGCCUGGUGAAGGAAGGUAUUUUGUGUUUUGAGCUCAUGAGAAGAGUUCAUAAGAUGGAGCCUAAGCUGCAACAUUAUGGAUGCAUGGUAGACAUUCUAGGCCGUGCAGGGCACAUAGAAGAAGCUAGAAAAUUAAUCGAGGACAUGCCCAUUGAGCCAAAUGAUGUUAUCUGGAGGACUUUGCUUAGUGCUUGUCAAACUCAUGAAAACUUAACUGUUGCCGAGCCUGUGGCUAAGCAUCUCAUUGGGAUGGAUUCUAGUAAUUCAAGUUCUUAUGUACUUCUGUCUAAUAUGUUUGCUGGUCUUGGUAUGUGGAAUGAUGUGAGAAGGAUUAGGACAAUGAUGAAAAAACAAAACCUGAAGAAAAUUCCAGGGUGCAGUUGGAUUGAACUUGAGGGAGCUGUUUAUGAAUUCUUUGUGCAAGAUAAGUCUCAUCUCCAAGUUACAGAGAUCUGUUCCAUGUUAGAUAAUGUGUGGACAUAAGUUCGAACCCUGCUAGUCAAUUGUACAUAUAAGAAAUGAAUUUGUUGUCCGGUUUAUUAUUAUUAUACUUUUUAUGUAUAAAGAGAAUUGAAUACUGAGAAGUAUUUGAUAUACAAAUGCACACCUCUGAAGAAAAUAACGCAAAAAAAUUUCUCGAGAUCACGGGAAAGAGAGAGCCAAAAGAGACGGACAAGACAAAGCAAAAGGCUAAAAAUUAAAGAGGACAAGAAAUGUUCACAGAUAAGCUGAAAAAAGUGUACAGCCUAGAUUUAUUCUGUGGUCACCUUUUUCACUGCAAGUUAAUGUCUCGUGGCACAUGCAGAGUCGUAUGAUAAUGUUAAUUCAAAUCUAGCUGGCUUGGACUUAUAUACGCGUUCUUCAGCUGGACUGUUUGGUUU